AAACUGAGGGAGGAGGCGGCGGCUCUGGCAGAGGCAGGGCCAGGCCUGGUGGCGGCGGCGGCGGCGGCAACGGCGGCCUGAGCCCCCCCUCUCCGCUCCCAGGCAGCUCACCCUCUCCCCUCAGCUAACAAUGAGGAGGAGAAAUGAUCCAGAAUGCACUGCCCCUAUCAAGAAACAGAAGAAAAGAGUUGCAGAGCUUGCCCUGAACCUCAGUUCUACGUCUGAUGACGAACCUCCCUCUUCCGUCAAUCAUGCAGCAAAAGCAUCUACCACGAGCCUAAGUGGGUCUGACAGUGAGACUGAGGGGAAGCAACAUAGUUCUGACUCUUUUGACGAUGCAUUCAAAGCAGACUCCCUUGUGGAGGGAACUUCUUCUCGCUAUUCCAUGUAUAAUAGUGUCUCUCAGAAGCUUAUGGCCAAGAUGGGCUUCAGGGAAGGUGAAGGAUUGGGUAAAUACAGCCAGGGUCGGAAGGACAUCGUUGAGGCCUCUAAUCAGAAAGGUCGAAGAGGCUUGGGUCUGACACUGCAAGGCUUUGAUCAAGAGCUGAAUGUGGACUGGCGAGAUGAGCCAGAGCCCAGUGCCUGUGAGCAGGUGUCAUGGUUUCCAGAAUGUACCACUGAAAUUCCGGACACUCAGGAAAUGAGCGAUUGGAUGGUUGUGGGAAAGAGAAAGAUGGUUAUUGAAGACGAGACAGAGUUUUGUGGGGAAGAGCUGCUUCACAGUGUGUUGCAGUGUAAGAGUGUGUUCGAUGUCCUGGAUGGGGAGGAGAUGCGGCGAGCUCGUACCCGGGCCAAUCCCUACGAGAUGAUCCGAGGGGUCUUCUUCCUAAACAGGGCGGCAAUGAAGAUGGCUAACAUGGAUUUUGUGUUUGAUCGCAUGUUUACAAAUCCACGGGACUCUUGUGGGAAACCACUGGUAAAGGACCGGGAAGCUGAGCUUCUGUACUUCGCUGACGUCUGCGCAGGCCCAGGUGGUUUCUCAGAGUACGUGCUGUGGAGGAAGAAGUGGCACGCGAAGGGCUUCGGAAUGACUCUGAAGGGCCCUAAUGACUUCAAACUGGAAGACUUCUACUCGGCCUCCAGUGAGCUCUUCGAACCCUACUAUGGUGAGGGUGGGAUCGAUGGAGAUGGAGAUAUUACCCGCCCGGAGAACAUCACUGCUUUUCGGAAUUUCGUCCUGGAUAACACAGAUCGCAAGGGUGUCCACUUUCUGAUGGCCGAUGGGGGUUUCUCAGUGGAGGGGCAGGAGAACCUGCAGGAGAUCCUCAGCAAGCAGCUGUUGCUCUGUCAGUUCCUCAUGGCGCUGUCUGUUGUCCGAACAGGGGGUCACUUCAUCUGUAAAACCUUUGACCUAUUCACCCCAUUUAGUGUGGGGCUCAUCUACCUGCUCUACUGCUGCUUCGAACGAGUGUGUCUCUUUAAGCCGAUCACCAGCCGUCCUGCCAACUCAGAGAGGUAUGUGGUAUGCAAGGGCCUGAAGGUGGGCAUAGAUGACGUGCGGGAUUACCUCUUCUCAGUUAAUAUUAAACUCAACCAGCUGCAGAACACUGAUUCUGACGUCAACCUUGUGGUCCCCUUGGAGGUGAUCAAGGGAGACCAUGAAUUUACUGACUACAUGAUACGAUCCAACGAGAGCCACUGUAGUCUGCAGAUCAAAGCUCUGGCCAAAAUCCAUGCCUUUGUUCAAGACACGACCCUGAGUGAGCCUCGGCAGGCAGAGAUCCGGAAAGAGUGCCUUCGACUUUGGGGGAUCCCAGACCAGGCUCGAGUUGCUCCUUCUUCCUCAGACCCCAAAUCUAAGUUCUUUGAGCUAAUCCAGGGCACUGAGAUUGACAUCUUCAGUUAUAAGCCCACACUGCUCACCUCCAAAACCCUGGAGAAGAUCCGCCCAGUGCUCGACUACCGCUGCAUGGUGUCUGGCAGCGAGCAGAAGUUCCUCAUUGGCCUGGGGAAGUCUCAGAUUUACACAUGGGAUGGCCGCCAGUCAGACCGCUGGGUCAAGCUGGACCUGAAGACAGAGCUACCCCGGGAUACUCUGCUGUCUGUGGAGAUUGUCCAUGAGCUGAAAGGGGAGGGGAAGGCCCAGCGGAAGAUUAGUGCCAUCCACAUCCUCGAUGUCCUCGUGCUGAACGGCAGCGACGUGCGGGAGCAGCACUUUAACCAGCGAAUUCAGCUUGCUGAGAAAUUUGUGAAAGCUGUUUCCAAGCCCAGUCGGCCUGACAUGAAUCCCAUCAGGGUGAAGGAGGUGUACAGGCUGGAGGAGAUGGAGAAGAUUUUUGUCAGGUUGGAAAUGAAGAUCAUCAAGGGCUCCAGUGGCACUCCGAAGCUCAGCUACACAGGGCGGGAUGACCGGCACUUUGUGCCCACGGGCCUCUACAUCGUCAGGACGGUGAAUGAGCCGUGGACUAUGGGAUUCAGCAAAAGCUUCAAGAGGAAGUUCUUCUACAACAAGAAAACCAAGAUCUCUACCUUUGACCUCCCUGCAGACUCCAUUGCCCCAUUUCACAUCUGCUACUAUGGCAGGCUCUUCUGGGAGUGGGGGGAUGGCAUCCGUGUGCAUGACUCCCAGAAGCCCCAGGACCCAGACAAGCUGUCCAAGGAAGAUGUCCUCUCGUUCAUCCAGACACACAGCGCCUGAGGGCGUGGGGAUGCCCAGCCCUGCCGAAUGACCUGUCGUUC